AUGGUGAAACAAAAGUUUAAAAACCACAAAAGAAAGAACAGUGCGACUGAAAUCAGAAGUGACAUGAAGGAAGACCUUGGUAUGGAUUUGACAUAUAUUAUGUAUUGGCGAGCUAAGGAACAAUCACUUGAAGAUUUGAGAGGAAAACCUUCGGCAUCAUACGGAAAACUACCUGCAUACAUUCAUGUUUUGAACAUUACUUAUCCAGGUUCACAUAUACGAAUGAAAAAACAUGAAGAUAAUGAUUUUUUGUAUAUUUUUGUCGCACUAACUACAUUCAUACAAGGGUUCGAUCACUGUAGACCUGUGAUAGUUAUUGAUGCAAGUUAUCUUAGAGGACUAUACAGUGGCACAUUAGUAGCUGCAUGUACCAUGGAUGGAGCCGAUUCUGAAAAUGAUGCAUCCUGGACAUGGUUCUUUCAGAAUCUAAAGGAAGCAUACGGUGAAAGAGAACAUAUGUGUGUAGUUUUCGAUCGUAACCCAAGCAUUAUAAAAGCUGUUGCUGGAGUGUACAAUAAUGUACCACAUUACGCUUGUAUGUGGCAUCUAUGGGGUAAUGUGAAAAAAAAAUUUAGGAAGUCACAUGAUGCAUUGUCUGAAAUCUUCUAUACCAUGGCGAAAUCAUACUCAAAGUCUGAAUUUCAUAAUUUAAUGGAGAAAGUGGAGCUAGUUGAUGUUAGGGUGAAUAAUUACUUGGAGUUGACGGGAUACGAUAAAUGGGCUAGGUCAUAUGGAAUAGUUCAUAGGGUAUGGACCUUAACAUCAAAUAUUUCAGAGUCAAUUAAUGUUGCACUGGUAUCAGCUAGAGAACUUCCAAUAUAUGAUUUUUUAGAGGAAGUUAGAUUGAUGUUUGGUAGAUGGAACUGUGAAAACAGACAGGAGGCAUUGUACACACGCACGGAUCUUAUUGGAAAAUUUCAAGCAAUUCUCCAACAGAAUGAAGCAGAGUGUACACGUAUGAAGGCAUGA